AUGUCUCGCUUCUUAGACGGCAUUUCCACCAUCAUCAGCCUCUUUCACAAAUAUGCGAAGGAAGAUGGAGACUGCUCCAACCUCAGCCACAGGAAGAUGCAAGAGUUCAUCCAGAGGGAGUUUGCAGAUGUCAUAGCUAAGCCACGUGACCCUCAGACAAUUGACAAGAUUCUGCAGUUUCUGGAGUGGGAUGGUGAUGGGCAUAUUGAUUUUAAUGAAUUCCUGCUUUUGGUGUUCAGAGUGGCUAAAGCCUGCUACUGGUUCCAGCCGAAGGGACCAUACCUUCUGCAAAGAACAAAGCUGACAUCCAGUGGCAAGUUGCACCAAGAGCCUGAAAUUAAGAACAGAGGGAGCAGUCGACAGCUCCAGGAGGAGGAAGAACAAACCUGUGAGAAUAAUGACCAUCCCCUCUGUGAACCUGAACUGCAACGAGACACCAGAGUCAAUGAGCUUGAAACACUAGAGGAAAUGGGGAGUUACCAACAACGUAACACACAAAGCGUAAAUGAUGCAAUACGAAGCAGUGAGCGAAGGGAGCCAAUCCCUCAGGUGUAUGAAGAACGAAGCCGAGAGCCAUGCGACCAACGGAACAGCCAGAGAAGACGUCAGCCACCAGAGCCGAACAGACGAGGAGAUGUACAACUCCGCAAGCACAGAAGCUUGGAAGCACAGGAGCCCAGGCUGCGGAGAGGUGAGAGGAAAUAUCAAGAGGGGCCACAGCAAGACCAACUGGCAGACAUAAGGAGUCGCAGCCAGGGCUAUGAAACAAGACCACUGCAAAACCGGUGGGGUAGCCGUCAGCCACAUGAGCCAGUAGGACCAGCAAAGGAUGACAGAAACCAGCGGCCACAAGAAGCAGAUAGAGGAAGUGACAAUCAGCCACGUAAACCUGAAUUACUCACAGAAGAGAGAAGCCGCUACCACCUACGUGAGCUGGAACAAAGAGCACUUGAAGAGAAGAGCGACAAGCUACGUGAGCCUGAAUGCCUGGAUUCGAGAGUCCCGCAUCAGUCAUACAUAAAGGAACCACUAGAAAUUGACCUCAGGUACUGUGAGACCUGUGAGCUAGAAAGACGUAUCGAUGAACAAGGUACAAAUGAGGAAAAUAACCUUGAACAUGUGGAAAGUGAGCGUGAAAACCAUAAGAUUAAGGAGUGGGAAGAAAGAGAUGAUACAAGGAGGAAAGAUAGAGAACAGGAAAGGAGGACUGAUAAAGAAAGGGAGCGGGACAUCAAGGUCUAUGAGGGCCGCAGCCGAGAGACACGUGAAAGGGAAGAGCAAAGUGCCAAAACCAACCGAAGGGAGAGACGCGAAAGGCGUGACAUUGUAGCACGUGAGGCUGAAAUCGAUGGAAGGAGGCAACGCGACCUUGUGAGGCUUGAGAGGACACGAGAGACCGAUGUAUUGGCAGCAGAAGCUGACGUGAAGAUCCAUCGCGUGUCCCAGGAACUGGAGACCCGUGAAAGAGCACGUGAAAGGGAAGAGCGAGGUGCCACCAUAAACCAGACAGAGAGACGUGAGACACGUGACUUUGAAGAACGUGAGGCUGAAGUCAGUGGAAGGAGGCAACGAGAACUUGUGAGGCUUGAGAGGACACGAGAGGCUGAUGCAGUGGCAGCAGAAGCUGAGGUGAAGAUCCAUCGUGUGUCCCGGGAACUGGAGCCCCGAGAGCAGGUUGAAAGAAGGGAGCGUGACCUGGAGCUGUUGGAUGCAGAGGAAGAGAGAAGAAUUUGCCUGGAAAGAGAGGGGGAAGAGCCUCUGAGAGAGAGAAGGGUCAAGCACCAACGGGAGCUCGAUCUGGAGGUCACUGAGCGUCAACGCCGCGAGGCUCUUGAAAGGGAAGAGCGAGGUGCCACCAUCAACCUGAGAGAGAGACAUGAAAGACGUGACUUUGAAGCACGUGAGGCUGAAAUCGAUGGACAGAGGCAGCGCGACCUUGUGAGGCUUGAGAGGACACGAGAGACGGAUGUAGUGGCUGCAGAAGCUGAUGUGAAGAUCCAUCGCGUGUCCCGGGAACUGGAGCCCCGUGAGGAGCUCGAAAGAAGGCAGCGUGACCUGGAGCUGUUGGAUGCAGAGGAAGAGAGAAGACUUUGCCUGGAAAGAGAGAGGGAGGAGCCUCUGCGAGAGAGAAGGGUCGAGCACCAACAGGAGCUCGAUCUGGAGGUCAUUGAGCGUCGACGCCGCCAGGCACGUGAAAGGGAAGAGCGAGGUGCCACCAUCAACCAGACAGAGACACGCGAGAGACGUGACUUUGAAGAACAUGAGUCUGAUAUUGAUGGAAGGAGGCAACGCAACCUUGUGAGGCUUGAGAGGACACGAGAGGCUGAUGCAGUGGAUGCAGAAGCUGACGUGAAGAUCCAUCGCGUGUCCCGGGAACUGGAGCCCCGUGAAAGAGUCGAUAGAGGGGAGCGUGAUUUUGAGCGUUUGGACGCAGAGGAGGAGAGAAGAAUUUGCCUGGAAAGAGAGAGGGAAGAGCCUUUGCGAGAGAGAAGGGUCGAGCGACAACGGGAGCUCGAUCUGGAGGUCAUUGAGCGUCGACGCCGCCAGGCACUUGAAAGGGAAGAGCCAGGUACAAAAACCAGCCAACGAGAGAGACGAGUGAGACGUGACUUUGAAGAACAUGAGGCUGAAAUCGAUGGAAGGAGGCAACGCAACCUUGUGAGGCUUGAGAGGAGACGAGAGGCUGAUGCAGUGGCUGCAGAAGCUGACGUGAAGAUCCAUCGUGUGUCCCGCGAACUGGAGCCCCGGGAGGAGCUCGAAAGAAGGGAGCGUGACCUGGAGCGGUUGGAUGCAGAGGAAGAGAGAAGAAUUUGCCUGGAAAGAGAGAGGGAGGAGCCACUGAGAGAAAGAAGGUUUGAGCACCAACGGGAGCUCGAUCUGGAGGUCAUUGAGCGUCGACGCCGCCAGGCACUUGAAAGGGAAGAGCGAGGUACAAAAACCAGCCAACGGGAGAGACGAGUGAGACGUGACUUUGAAGAACAUGAGGCUGAAAUCGAUGGAAGGAGGCAACGCGACCUUGUGAGGCUUGAGAGGACACGAGAAACGGAUGUAGUGGCAGCAGAAGCUGAUGUGAAGAUCCAUCACGUGUCCCGCGAACUGGAGCCCCGUGACAGAAGGAAGAGAGAAGACUUGGCCUGGAAAGAGAGAGGGAGGCGCCUCUGCAAGAGAGAAGGGUCGAGCACCAACGGGAGCUCGAUCUGGAGGUCAUUGAGCGUCGACGCCGCCAGGCACUUGAAAGGGAAGAGCGAGGUACAAAAACCAGCCAACGAGAGAGACGAGUGA